AUGUCACUAUCCAUGGUCACGGAAGAGUGUGUACCCCCGCUUUUCCAAACUAGUCUCAAAAUUGACGAAGAAGAAACAAGCCCCCAGGGAGCCCGAUCCUCUUGGAAAGAAGAUGUACAUUUCCUAGGCGACGAGAAUGGCAAAAUUUCCUUGCGCAGCCCCCCGAGCUUUAACAACACAGAUGAGACGCGCACAUACCAAAAGCAACACCUAGCGGCUGCAUUCCGUGUGCUAGCCCGCCAGGGCUUCGAUGAGGGGGUCGCAGGUCAUAUUUCCCUCCGGGAUCCAGGCAAUCCAUCACUCUUCUGGAUAAACCCGCUCUCAACACACUUCUCCCAGAUUCGCGUUAGCGACCUAGUCCUUGUUGGCGAGGACGGUAAAGUUCUCCCCGGCGGUGCCCAGAGUGCUAUCAACGGACCCGCAUUUGCAAUUCACAGCGCAAUACACCGUGCGCGACCGGAUCUUCAGGCUGCAUGCCAUGCACACAGUGUUUACGGGAAGGCAUUCAGUUGCUUUGGAAGGGGGAUAGAAAUGCUAUACCAGGAUGCUUUGCGGUUCUAUAAAGAUCUUGCGGUAUAUCCUCGUUACGGCGGCACUGUGCUUACAACCGAAGAGGGUGAUCGGAUUGCGCAGUCGCUGGGCCCGACCUGCCGCAGUGUCAUUUUGCAGAAUCAUGGUAUGAUUACAUGUGGACGGACAGUUGAUGAGGCGGCAUUUUUAUUCAUUGCAUUAGAUCGAUGUUGCCAUGCACAGCUGCUUGCCAAUGCCGCCGUAUGCCCCGGAUUCGAGAAGAAUUACAUCGAUGAUGAACAAGCAGAGGUUGCACAUAGGAAGAGUGGUAACUCAAAUAAAAUGUGGUUGGCGUUUCAACCGUAUUUUGACCAGGUUGUUAAUGAAGAACCGGAUCUACUGCAGUAA